GAGAGAGAGAAUGUCAUACAGCAAUGGUACAUACAACAGACAAACACACCGUAGUAAAUAUCAGUGAACAGCAGCUAUAAGUAGCAAGGCAAGCAGCGAAUGCCUUUAGUUUUUAAGGUGGUCAACUGUUAAGUUGCAAAAGGAACAGUAAGAAAUUCUUAACGCACAAUCAAAUAAACAAUUUGAAAUACCGCCCAUCGUCUCAAAUGAGGAACAAAGACAGCAAUUGCUGCUGAUUCUCUGCGUCAGGAUAAAAUGAAGGAAUGUGAUUUGAAGAUCAAAUUUAUUCGCGAUAGAAUUGAAAUCGUUAAAGGAUGAGGAGGAGCACGUUGAAUCAGCAAAUUUCAUUUAUUACCCUCCAUUUGAUGACCUUUGCGGCACUUGUUGGUUCGCAAAAUCAAAUCGUUGCUGUAGUUACAAAAACAACGGGAACAGCCGUCGCAUCAGAAACACCAACAGCAACAGCAACAGCAACAACAGCAGUAAAUUUUCGAUUCAAUGCUUUCGUUUCGACGCGUAACACAUCUACACUGUUGGUAUCACCACCAUUGGUAUCAUCCUCUAGACCGUCGGCCUCAUAUGAGCGAGUUGAAAAUACAAGAAUGUCUUUAUUGUCAUCAUCAUUUCCACCAGCAGCGAAAUUAUCAUCAUCAUCGUUGGUGUUACCGUUGUCGCCGCUAGCAGCAUUGUCGACUUCAACGGAGGCGUAUUCUGCGUAUACAACAGCAACAAGGACAACUGCAAGCUCUUCUGAGAGAAGAUCUUCAUCGUUUAUGAACAACAGAAGCAAAAGCAUUAGCAGCAAUAGUAACUUUAACGUUAAUCCUUCAAAUUCUUAUCAUAUAUCCACCUCAACUGGCAACAGUAUAUCAAAAAGCAGCAGCUCAUCUCAACAUGUUAACAAUUACAGAUUGACAGCAGCUUUGGCAGCACCGUCAGGUGCUACAUCAUCAUUCAAGAAUGUGAAAACCACAAGCAGAAGCAAGUUUCCACUUGAAUUUACUUACUCUAGGACUCACUGGACAUACACAGAUGCUGUCAAUAAUAGCAAUUUUGGAAAAAGCCCAUUAUCAACAGCAUCGUUAUCGUCGACGACGACAACUACCGAAUUGCCGCGAAUAUUUCGCAACAAUAACAGGCAUCACCAUGAGCACCACUGGGGGCCGUUUUUUGAGGAGCCACUCAAUUCAACGUCUUCAGGUGAUAACAUCAUAACAACAGCACAUCUAUUCACGGAAGCCAUACUAAAUUGUCGCGUUGGCAUGUUAAAGGAUAAAACGGUCAUGUGGGUGAGACGAACGGCGGAGAAGGUCUCUUUAUUAACAUUCGGUAAUGUCACUUACAGCAGUGACCCGCGAAUACGAGUCAAAUUUCAAUAUCCCAACAACUGGCGGCUGUUGAUAAACCCCACCCAAUGGGAAGAUGCGGGCAUCUACAUGUGUCAAGUGUCCACACAUCCACCGCGCGUAUUCACAACAAAUUUGACCGUUAUUGAGCCUCCCUUACGUUUGAUUGAUGAACAAGAGCGGGAUGUCGGAGAUCGUUAUUAUAAAACUGGGAGUACCAUCGACUUGCAAUGUCAAGUGUCACGUAGCUUUUUAUACAAAGAAAAUCAAAACAUCCUGAAAUCUUUAAUGCCUUUGAAUGCUAAUUUAAGCUCCUUUGCCGACAUAAAUCAAAUAAUCAAAACGAAUAAAGACAAAAGCAAUUUGAGCGAUACGAAGAUUGGAAGCGCCCUAAAUGCAUUAACGUCAAGUACAAAUCAGAGUGACAAACAGGAACUCAGUGCGGAGAAACUGUUUAGUAAUAUAGUGUUUUGGGCUAAAGAUGAUGAGGAGCUACCGACCACAGCGCUCAGACGUAUCAGUGCUAACGAGAAAUGGCUUACGAGUCGUAUGUCUAUACCGGAUGCGAAAUUUUCCGACAGUGGCAAUUAUUCAUGUGCGAUUGGCAGACUUUUUGCUGCAAUUGUUCAGGUGCAAGUACUGACAGGUGAAUUGCCAGCCGCCGUACAGCAUAAUUCGGCAUCCGACACGUACAAGGGCAAAAACAUGGAAUGGAAACACAUAUGGGAGAUUUGUUUAAUUUACGCUCUUUUCUUCCCCCAAAUAAUAUCCUCGCCUUAAUUAAAUUUAAUCAAGGCAUUUAAACAGCUUACGACACAACUACAUUGUACAUUAUGUGACGAAUGGUCAUUACUGUGCUGCUCUCAUCAUUCACAUAUGAAGCCAAAGCAAUUAAAUGCUUGAAUGUUAAAUACGUACACAUGAGCAAAAUAGAAGCUGCCAGUAAAGUGGAACAAACAAUGAAAAAAAUAAAACCCAAAAAAAAAAAAAAAAAAACUAACGCUGAGCGAAAUAUACAAGCAAAGUAUAGGGUUAGGAACGCUAGGGGCUGCAUAAACUGGCAAAAACUUAUUAUAGAUGUGUCACUACAAAGCGAACACGGCCAAUCAUUCAUCAAUGUGCUUAACACUGCUGGUUGAGGCUACAAAUUUAAUAUAUACUUGAAAUAAAAAAAAUGUCCUGUUCUCUUAUACCUAACAUGGAAGGAUAACGAUGGAGAUAUUUUCGUUUUAGGAAAAAGUUUUCAACACACAUGAUGUAAAGUAAGAUGUAGAUAUAUUCUUAGUCAGUAUUAAAUUCUGAAUCGAUCCAAGUAUGUCCGCCUGCCCAUUUAAAUGCGCAUGGUAAAUGUUCUUCUGAUUGCAAAUCUAAAAAUUUCGAUUUUGAAAUUCCGAAAAGCUUCCGAAAUUCUCG